AUGUCGCGCUUCCUCUCCAGGCUCGGGCGGCAAAACUCCGAGGCCAACUCGAUCCGCUCCUCCAAGUCGGUCGAGUCCAUCGCCGCAAGCCUCCCGCCAAAGACCCACGACAUCCUCGUCCGCCCAGCGCAGGGCUGCACCCCAAAGCCUCGACCCGAGCUCACCGCCGAACAGCACGACAAGCUCGCCCAGCUGCGCGACCAUCUCCACCAAUACGUCGCCGCCAACCCUCCGGAAGACGACUACAAGCCAUGGGAGCAGAGCUGGAUCGCCGAUGACGACCUCUACAGGCGCUACCUCCGCGCCGCAAAGGGCGACCUCAACAACGCAAAGCAGAGGAUCAAGGGCACCCUCGAGUGGAGGCGCAGCUUCCGCCCAGAGAUUAUCCCGCCGGGCGACGUCUCGGUCGAGGGCGAGACCGGUAAGCACGUCCUCAGCGGCUUUGACAAGGAGGGCAGGCCCGUCCUCUACCUCCGUCCGGGCCGCGAGAACACCACCCCGAGCCAGAGGCAGAUCCGCUACCUCGUCUGGAGCCUCGAGCGCGCCGUCGACAUGAUGCCGCCGGGCGUCGACAACAUUGCCAUCGUCAUCGACUACAAGGGCGCCACCACCCAGUCCAACCCCUCGCUCGCCACCGCGCGAGAGGUGGCCAACAUCCUCCAGAAUCACUACGUCGAGAGGAUGGGCCGAGCCUUCGUCUGCAACGUCCCCUGGAUCCUCAACGCCUUCUUCACCGCCAUCACCCCUUUCCUCGACCCCAUUACAAAGGACAAGAUCCGCUUCAACGCCGACCUCAAGGAGUUUAUCCCGGUGGAGCAGCUCGACGUCGAGUUCUCGGGCGGACGCUACAACUACGAUUUCGACUUCAAAACCUACUGGAACACCAUCGUCGAUUUUUGCGGCAUCGCCCAGGACGGCACACGGACGCAUCCGUCUUAUGCGCGUAGCGGCUCCGGAGCACCCAACCAGGAGGGACCGUCCUCGACGGCGGCAAAGUCGACGGACGCGUCCGGCGUCGCUCCCACCCCUGCGGACAUGGCCGGAUCCCAGGCCGUGCAGGAUCACGCCGACAAGCUGGCGGCCGAGCAGGACGUGACCCACGGCGCUUCGGCCGUUGGCAUUGGCGCUGCUGCUGGCGCAGCGGGUGCGAUCGGCAUCGCCGGCGCGGGCUCGGCAGCGGCGGCUGCUGCAACGACGAAUGGCGUCAAGUCUCAGGGCCCCUACACGUAUCUGCAGAGCGUCGAGGCGUACGAGAAGCUGAUGAACGACUACGACACCUUCCUCUUUGACUGCGACGGCGUGCUCUGGUCGGGCGACGAGACGAUCCCCGGCGCAGUCUCGGUCCUCGAGAAGCUGCGCAAGCGCGGCAAGCAGGUCAUCUUUGUCACCAACAACGCCUCCAAGAGCCGCGAGACCUACCUCAAGAAGUUUGCCGGCAUGAAGAUCCAGGCCGACAUUUCCGAGAUCUUUUCGUCGUCGUACGCCUCGGCUGUCUACCUGAAGCGGGUGCUCAAGUUCCCGGCCGACCGCAAGGUGUACGUGAUUGGUAUGCAUGGCAUCGAGGAGGAGCUCGACGCCGAGGGCAUUCUCCACUGCGGCGGCACCAAUCCUCAGGACAAUGUCUUCCUGCCCGCGCUCGAUUUCACGACGCUGCAGUCGGCCGAGGCCAUUGACCCCAAGGUCGGUGCGGUCGUGUGCGGCUUCGACAUGCACAUGUCGUACAUCAAGCUCGCCAAGGCGUUCAAGCACCUCACGCGGCCGGGCGCCGAGGGCGAGGUCAAGGAGGGCGAGGAGGGUGGCGGCUGCCACUUUAUCCUCACCAACGACGACUCGACCUUCCCGGCAAAGGGCGGGCCCUGGCCCGGGGCCGGGUCGCUCUCGGUGCCGCUCAUCUUUUCCACCAAGAGGACGCCGACGAUCGUGGGCAAGCCGCACAAGCCGAUGCUCGACUGUAUCAUUGCGACGAAGCAAUUUGACCCGAAGCGGGCCAUCAUGGUGGGCGACCGCCUCAACACGGACAUUGAGUUUGCAAAGGAGGGCAAGAUUGCCUCGCUGAUGGUGCUGACGGGCAUCUCGAGGAAGGCCGAGAUCGACGCGCCCGAUGCCAAGACGGUGCCCGACUUCCUCAUCGACAGCCUCGGUGACCUCGACGCGCUGCCGUGA